AAGCUAACCCAGUAAGCUACUUAUAUAACAGCUGAAAGCGUAAAUUGUGAGCGUGCAAAAACACACUUCAAACAAAAACACCUAAAAACACGAAAAACUAAGAUAUUCAAGCGGAAUCCCACUCACCAAUAGUUUGAGAUGCCCUCGGCAAAGGAGAAGCGCUUGCGGAAGGAAAGAAUUCUGCAGUUUAUCAGGGAAAACCGAGAACUCAGGCCCGUUAACACUACGUCGGCGCUUCAGUCAGCUUCCCCGAGAAAAGAGGACUCUGGGCGACAGAAAAAACGCGUCUCUUUUACCAGUGGCAAACAGCAGAGAAGCUUUGGAGACUCGCCCGUGGGCAGGGACCACGAGAAUUACGUUGGACAGGGCCUCACGUCAUGCCUAAUCACAAAGCCCUCGCAUACCAGAUUAACGAGCGGUGCCAACGAUCCAGACGAGGGUGUGGUGGAAAAACAGCAUGGAACAGACCACAAAUGCCAUUUCAAGUCGUCAUGCUCCACGAACUCAGAUUCCCGACUAGCGGCCGGCGCCAACAAUCCAGCAGCGCGCAGUGUUGGCCGACUACCUCGAACCGACAGUGAAUGCCAAUUCAAGGAGCCAGGUAUUUUCUUUCUGCAAACAGUGCAUUCAGACUAUGCCACCCAAGAGGUCAAGCUGAACUCGAAGCCCUUGAGAAAGGAGUUGAAGAACAAAUGUGACUUCUUUCCGAGAUAUGUGGACAAUCGACCUUUCAAGGAUGAGGCCACCCAAACCCUUUAUAGGGAGUCCUCGGCGCAGACACUGGCCUUUCUUCCCGAGAUUCUAAAUCAAGAAAAAUCAGAAGCCUAUGAGCUGUUCACUUUGGCCAAGUUGCUGCCGGGCGACAAGCCACCAGGACUGCAUGAAGUCGAGCUCCUAGAGCGGGCUCGCAAGCGAUGGGAUUUUGGUAAAGCUCUGAAGGAUAACUUUAAGAGACUUCUGCGCGAGGCCAGAAAAGUUGCUAUAAAAACCCAGUACAAGGAGGUCUUGGAAGCCUUCGAGUGGGAGCAGUGGGUGCAGCGGGAGGAGGACAUACAGGAGUGUCAGAUGAUGCGUCUCCAGAUCGUGAUCCAGAUGUUUGACAAGAGGGAGAAGGAAAUGCACGCCGCAUCUAAGGCCCGAAUCGAGCAAUCCUUUGAGCGCAUCGAGAAGCGUCGCCAGGCGGGUCUGCGCAAGAAUGAAGUCGAGUACCAGAGGGGAAUGCGCCGCAUCAACAUCCAGUUGGCCAAAACCGCCAGAAAGUGGGAGAAACAGAGUCCCAUGCAAGCCCUGGGAUCGCCGUGCUCCGAGUUCUACGGCCCCCUCAUAAGACAUGGCGUUGAUCCGGCCCGACGAUGCUUUGAGUCCUCCACUGGACGUAAGGCAUUUGACAUGAGGAUCGAUGAUCUGGAGAAGCGGGUCAAUAUGCGUAAUGUCCAGUGUCCCUUCAGCAAGCUCAAGGAAUGGUCCAAGCCCAAGGAGUACGACAGAGAGUACGAGCGAAACUUCUGCAACGAUGGCAAUCUGCAGAGGCUCUACGAGUCCCUGAAGACACUAAGAACUCAGGCGGACACGGCGAAGGAACCGCCUCAUUGUCUGAAAACACGAUUGCAUAUAGAACCUCGAACGCCCAGUACUAGCUCAAGCGACUCCUUCAGACCCUAUUAUCAGGCCAGGAAAUCAAGAUUUGUGGAAUUACCCGAUUCGACCCGGGCAACCGGUAAGACAAGCGCUAAGGUUACCAUUCCAAAGGUCGAGAAGCCACAGAGGGGCUCUGUGACAGGCCGUGACGACUUGGAGAGCCUGAUAUGCUCAUACGAGGGCAGUUACAUUGGAACUAUCAUGCAGUUCCUGGCCGACGAAAUGCAGCGACUGAAGGAGCAGCGCAAGCUGCACUUCUUCUGCAUCUUGGCCCAAAAGGAACGCUGGCGGCGUGAGGCCGCCGAGGCGGGACUGAGGCAGAAGGAGAACACGAUGAGGAUGCUCUACGAGGAGAUGUUCCAACACACCAGUGCGAUUCACAGUGAAAUAGCUAAUAAGUAUGCCGACACCAUAUUGGCGACCGAUGUAGGCCAUAUGACAGAGGACGAGGCCAUCGAGUCUGUUACUGAGUUGGCAAAGCAAAUCGACGUGGACAUAGAGCGAUGGCUGGAGAGCUUCAAGUUGAUCCAGAAUCCGCUCAAUUUCACUCCACUGCGACUGAUGCUGCAGGACAUGGUCUGCCCGGAUAUGGGGGAGGUGCUCCGGCGCUAUGAGACUUCCAUGAUUGCCCAGUACAUAGUGGAGGAUGUGAUCUUCGCCAAGGUGUGGCAUGAGCUGGAGCCAUUCGAUGUGGCCAGCACUUUGACCAGCGAUCUCAUUGACCGCCUGAUUGACAACGAUCUGUUGCUGUUCUCGUCGGACAGCGAAAGCGACAGCCCCCAUAACACAUCCUGGACAGAGUCCCAUGCCAUAAUAAGGAAACUCAUUCGUCAAGCGGUUCCGGGGAGACGCUGGAAGGAGGAGAACGAGAGGAUUGUCACGGAGACGUUUAAUAGCCUGUUUGACGAUGUGUUUUCCGAAAUUCUAUUUGGCAUAGAAAAUCCACCUGGCGUUUUGCCAGCCGAUCUUCUCCAGCUUUGUGCAAGCAAAUCAUAUGCCUUCUUUGCCCACGACAUUCCAACGAGAUUGCCCUCAGCGGAUGACUCCUCUCGUUCGGAUUCGAUGCAAAAUACGAAUCUUUUACGGAUGCAAUUUCUAUCUCUCAUUAAAAAAAUUAAGGAAGACAAGAUCACCAAAGAACUAGUGGGCGAUGAGAAAAUUUCGUCCAGUGUAAAUGAUGCUGAGUUAUUUGACAACUAUAUACAAAGCGAAGUACUUCAAAAAUCAGAAAUCUUAGGAGCUGAGACUCCAAUCAUACAACAUGAACUGGUAAGCAUCCAGAGUACCGUCGAUCUAGCCGAACACGAGGAUCAUCUAAAUGAGCUGCGGAGUCCUUCGUUGGUGCAUGAUAUUUUAGUGGAAGAAAAAGAUUCAUCUAAAAGUAGCGACGAACCAGAACUAGACCAUCAUGAGAUACACCAUGAAGAAUUGGAACCUGAAGAUGUCGAAGAAGAAUAUUCAUCAGAUAGGUCUUUGAAAGAAACCGAUGACUCAGCAGCCACCUAUGAUGAUGAAUUCGAGGAUGAGCACACCGAUAUGGGUGAAGAGAUCGUUGUUUAUAUCCCCAAAGAUUCACAAGUCUUCAAAUUUAGAUAAUUUCUGAAAUUCCGGAUUUUCAAUUCUUGGGUAACGGUACCUUUCGUUACUUUCAUACGCAAGCAUUUAUGAAAUUUAUAUUUGAAAAUCAGUACGAAUAAAUAGUGUAACAAUCUAGAAAACGA